AUGUGUGGAACUUGCAACGGAGACUCUGCUGGGAGCAACCCCGCGACCGCCAGCAACCCCGCGACCGCCAGCAACCCCGCGGCCACCGUCGACACUCCCUCCAACGCGACAGUCAACAGUGUCUACCAAGGAGGCCCCCCCAAGUCUACUCCUUAUCAGUCCGUUCAGGACUACAUCUCCAAUGUGAACAGAUUUCAAAUUAUUGAAAGCACGCUCAGAGAGGGCGAGCAGUUCGCAAAUGCAUUCUUCGACACGGAAACCAAGCUUAAGAUUGCUCGUGCAUUGGACAACUUCGGCGUCGAUUACAUCGAAGUAACAUCCCCCGUAUCGUCUCCUCAGUCAUUCGAGGACUGCAAGAAGAUCUGUCAGCUCGGCUUGAAGGCCAAGGUCUUGACUCAUGUCAGAUGCAACAUGGACGAUGCGAAGAAGGCAGUUGAAUGCGGUGUAGAUGGCGUUGAUUUGGUCAUCGGAACGAGCAGCUAUCUGCGCAAGUACAGUCAUGGCAAGAGCAUGGAGAUGAUUCAGAAGACUGCUCUUGAAGUCAUUGAAUACGUCAAGAGCGCUGGUGUCGAAGUUCGCUUCUCUUCCGAGGACUCUUUCCGUUCAGACCUUCUCGAAAUUCUUACUCUCUACAAGGCUUGUGAUCGAGCUGGUGUUCACAGGGUGGGUGUUGCAGACACAGUAGGAGGAGCUACGCCCAAGAUGGUCUAUGAUCUAAUUCGAACGUUGCGAGGAGUCGUUGGAUGUGACAUUGAAACCCAUUUCCACGACGAUACCAGCUGUGCUGUGGCAAAUAGCCUAAGUGCCCUUGAAGCCGGUGCGACACAUAUUGAUACCAGCGUAUUGGGUAUCGGCGAACGUAACGGCAUCACCCCACUCGGUGCUUUUAUCGCUCGCAUGGUUGUAACUGCUCCCGAGUACGUUACCAAGAAGUAUAAUCUCAAGGCGCUCAAGAGCCUAGAAGAGUUGGUUGCCGAUGCAGUGCAAAUCAACAUUCCGUUCAACAACCCCGUCACUGGAUUCUGCGCUUUCACGCAUAAGGCAGGCAUUCAUGCCAAGGCAAUUAUCGCGAACCCAUCGACCUACGAGAUCAUUGAUCCUAGCUUAUUCGGACUUACACGCUAUGUCUCGAUCAACUCAAGAAUCACGGGAUGGAAUGCUGUCAAGUCGCGUGUGGAGCAACUUGGCCUCACGAUGACUGAUGAGCAGGUUAAGGAAGUGACUGCCAAGAUCAAGCAGAUGGCCGAUAUCCGUCCCUUGGCUAUUGAUGACACCGACAGCAUUAUUCGCUCGUACCACUUGGGCCUAGCGCAAGAGCAGUAA